AGCCCGAGGUCGCGUUGCGAAUUAACUACAAGCAUCUUAUGGUCAAUAAAUUAUUCAAUAAUUUCAGUUCUCACUUCUGUUAAUUGAUUAGUUCCAUUUAUCCAACUAAAUUGGCCUCCUGCGCGCGGUCUGGUGAAGCUCUCCUCGCGUCUGGCACGCGCUCUGAACCGUCUGCUCCUAGCCAGUCCUUGGCCUCUGGAAGCAACUCGAACUAGACGACCACGAGUCCAUCCAAGGAAAUAAUUAUCAGAACAAUGGCUCCGCGAUAUGCCCUCGCCGAUUCUGAUUCCGAUUCUGAGCCCAACGGGUCGGAUACACCCCAGCAGCCCUCUGAUAAGGAACUAGAAAGAGCUUUACGCGAAAUAGUCGCGAAAAUAUUCAAAACGGGAAAGACGGAGGAAUUGACGGUCAAGAGAGUUCGGCUUGCGGCUGAGAAGGAACUACAUAUUGAGGAGGGGUUUUUCAAAUCCAAUGGAGAUUGGAAAGCCAGGAGCGAUCAGAUCAUCAAGGAUGAAGUGGAAGUACAGGAUGCUACCGCGCAGGAGCCAAAUGCCGAUGAAGGGGAGGACGAGAGCGCAGGAACACCACCGGCGGACACCAAAAAGCCCACGAAACAAGCCAAAUCAAAAGUACAUUCGACGUCCCGUAAACGGCGUAAGACCAGCGCAGAGAGCGAUGUUGAAAGUGGUGUACACGAUGAGGAUAGUGAGGGAGAGGCAACCAGAAGAACCAAAAAGCCAAAGGAAGCAGUCAAAUCUGAAGUUUCCAAUGAGGGAAUUCUAGAGGACUCCAGUGACAGUAAGGAACAGCAGGACUCCAAACUAGCCAGGCAAAAGGCAGAAGCAGCCGGCGAUUCAGACAGUGAAAUGUCGGUUGUCUUGGACGAAGAACCCGAGCCCAAGCGUCAGCGACAGAAGAAGUCCACAGCAACGACUUCGGCAACGGCCUCUGGAAAGACGAAGAAAAAGGCGCCUGCGAAGGCAAAGGAGGCAGACGCUGACCCCAACCAGGCAGAAAUCAAGCGGUUGCAAGGAUGGUUGAUCAAGUGCGGUAUUCGCAAAAUGUGGGCGCGAGAGCUGGCUCCGUACGAUACGCCCAAGGCGAAAAUCAAGCACCUCAAAGACAUGCUGAAAGACGCGGGUAUGGAGGGACGAUACUCAUUAGACAAGGCCAGGCAGAUCAAGGAGGAGCGUGAACUUCGGGAGGACCUCGAGAAUGUGCAAGAGGGGGCAAAGCGCUGGGGGAAAGCGACGGAGGGGGAAGACAGUGACGGUCAACCUCGUCAGCGUUUGAAUCGAGGCCGAAAGGCCCUCGCCUUCCUCGAUAGUGAAGGGGAGGAAACCGAUUGAUGCUCCGCAAUCACGCGCUUUGGUCGGUGUAGCACAUGGUUAUUGUUUGCAGAUAGGAGAUAUGUAACACCUCCCUCCAUAUGUAUGAUAUAAUGUCCGCACGAAUGUAGGGGAACUGCUAAGCGUAUCCAACUUGGUCUGCCUUUAUUGAUAGACGUCGUAUCAUUUUCCCAGUUUCGACCCACUCAUGCGUUGGGCAGCAAGGCUAAAAACAGCGACGGAGGAU